AUGCAAGUCGCAGAAAUUCUCUCGGAUAUUAAUUCCCUCCGCGUCUGCGGUCAUAACGAGGCCCUGGCACUAGUGAAUGUGCACAAAAAUAUCACAGGCUCGGAUUCAACAGAGUCUGGUAGCGUAUUGGCAGAUAAGAGCCCAGCAGACGACAAGGUCGAUCUUCGUCGUGCAAAGGAGCUGGUUGAGCUACACUAUGAGGUGAAGGCGAGACAUGCCAACGGAACCGUUGAUGAGGAGCUGAGUCAAGCUCGGCAAGAUGUCCAGCGAGUUCUGAGAGAGCUGUCGACUGUCUAG